AUGGAGGCGCGCCUUCGCUCCAGUGACGCUAUCCGCGAAUUGCUUGCGGGCGGUAUCUCCGCGUUAGGGGCAUUUGGCCUAUCACAGGACUUCCUCAAUGCUGUCCUUCAUUCCGCCGCUGUCUACCGCCUCGGAUCACUCGCGCUCCCUGUUACAUUUCUCUGGAGCCUGAAUAUCAAGUUCUAUGUUUCCAUGUGCCUACUUUCUCCGCUCAUGGGCCAGUACGCCAUCAUAGAGCUAGCUCAUACAUUACGCAUUGAAGAUCAGCAGUACUGCAUAAUCCAGGCAGAAGUGUAG